CAUCUCCCAGAAUCCUUCAAAUUCCAGCAUCCCUAUCGAAGCUGACGUCACCCACCCUAAGUAACGUAGCCCAUUGUACGUAAUUUUCAUUCAAGUUGUAUUUGAAUAAGGAAGAUGGCGGCUGCGGCGGUGGUUGAAUUUCAGAGGGCUCAGUCUCUCAUUAGCACGGAUCGCAAUGCCUCUAUUGACAUCCUUCAUUCAAUAGUGAGAAGAGACGUUCAGGAGAACGAUGAGGAAGCUGUCAGGGUUAAGGAGCAAAGCAUCCUGGAGCUGGGGACCCUCUUGGCAAAGACGGGACAAGCUGCCGAACUGGGGGGCCUGCUGAAAUUUGUGAGGCCCUUCCUGAUUUCCAUCAGCAAGGCCAAGGCAGCUCGGCUGGUCCGGUCUCUGCUCGACCUCUUUCUGGACAUGGAGGCCGCCACGGGGCAGGAGGUGGAGCUGUGUCUGGAGUGCAUCGAGUGGGCCAAGACAGAGAAGAGGACCUUCCUGCGACAGGCGCUCGAGGCCCGGCUGAUCUCGCUCUAUUUCGAUACCAAAAGAUACCAGGAGGCCUUGGCUCUUGGCACGCAGCUGCUGCAGGAGCUGAAAAAGAUGGACGACAAAGCUCUGCUUGUGGAGGUUCAGCUGCUGGAAAGUAAGACGUACCACGCCCUCAGUAACCUCCCCAAGGCCCGCGCCGCCCUCACCUCGGCCAGAACCACCGCCAACGCCAUCUACUGUCCUCCAAAGCUCCAGGCAGCACUGGACAUGCAGUCAGGGAUCAUCCACGCAGCGGAGGAGAAGGACUGGAAGACGGCCUACUCCUACUUCUUUGAGGCCUUCGAGGGCUACGACUCCAUCGACAGUCCCCGAGCCAUCACCGCUCUCAAAUACAUGCUUCUGUGCAAAAUCGUGCUCAACCUUCCAGAGGAGGUACAAUCCCUGAUCAGCGGGAAACUGGGUCUGCGGUAUACCGGCCGACAGGCAAAUGCACUGAAGUGUGUUGCCCUGGCCAGUAAGAACAGAUCAUUAGCAGACUUUGAGAAGGCGCUCACAGAGUACAAAGCAGAGCUGAGGGACGACCCGAUCAUCAACACUCACCUGGCCAAGCUGUACGACAGCCUGCUGGAGCAGAACCUCAUUCGAGUCAUCGAACCGUUUUCCAGAGUCCAGAUCGAGCACAUAUCGGAUCUGAUCAAACUACCGAAGGGCGACGUGGAGAGGAAACUAUCGCAGAUGAUCCUGGACAGAAAGUUUCACGGAAUCCUGGACCAGGGGGAGGGCGUCCUGAUCAUUUUCGAGGAGCCGCCGGUGGACAAAACCCAAGAAGCUGACAUAGAGCAGCCGGCGCCCGCUCAGACGGAGGAACUGUGUGUGUUUUUUGCUAAAAGCGUGUGUAACAUUUUUAAAGGCCGGGAUAAGGGAGAGCAGCAAGUCCCGCAAAGCCCCCCCCAACCCCAACCUCCCACACCCCCCCCAUCAAACUCAGCUCCUCCUCCCAAACAGACAAUUUCAUAA